GAGCGCGUUCACAGAGACAGGGACCCGGGACUGCUGUUCUCUAGCGCGCCUCUCCGCGAAUAACCUUUCCGUCCCCUCAGAGCCAGCAUCCCUCACCACACAUAAAUCGUCUUUCUGAUAGAACAAGAACAUCGACGUUCGAGCCUUUUUACCCAAGAUUACUCUAUCUGGAUUGACAUUAGCAAAAGAAAGAUUCACCAUCUGCGAGGCUGCGGUUGGAUGAGCAGACACCAUGGGACGUGGACUUGAACCUGCAGGCAAGAUGGAGGCUGUGAGCUGCACACCAGGAAGUCGCUUCAAAGGAAACACUUCCAAGGGUCCUCGCAAUCACUGACAGAACACAACAAGGAUCGCUUUGGCUAAAAGUUUCAGCCAAUCCUCAUUUGCGGGAAAUUAGGAUAUUUCUUCACAGCUCAAUGCACAGACUUUGAGUGGAAAAUCAGCAUUUGUUUGUCGUAUGUCUCUAAAUAGUACCCGUCUCAUCAACUUGAGCAAACAUACAAUUUAUAUUGCUCUCAAAACGAUACUAUGCUUUGGUCCAGACUACAAAAUCACAUUUGUGGAAUAUACCUGAGCUGAGUCUUUAAGUAUUGUCAUAAACCUGAUGAUAUCGUCCCUCUGAAGAUAUCUCACCACUGACCCCUAACUGCCGUUUUUCUACCAUGAAUCCCACUAAAGUUCCCCAGCGUGUGCUGCUUGUGCUUGGUCUCCUACUUGGGGCAUCCAGGGGUCUGGAGUUCCCCGGCUCAGAGGGCCAGUGGGCCCGGUACCUUCGCUGGGACGCCAGCACCAGAAGUGACCUCACCUUUCAGUUCAAAACCGACGCAAGUGACGCCCUGGUUCUCUACUUUGACGACGGUGGCUACUGCGACUUCCUGCUCAUGACAGUGACCGAGGGCAAGCUGCAGCUGCGCUUCAGCGUGGACUGCGCCGAGACCACGGUCACUUCCGACAAGAUGGUGAACGACAGUCGCUGGCACUUCGCCACUGUCAGCCGGCACAACUUGCGAACUGUGUUGGCGCUGGACGGGCAGACGAAGGCAGAUGAGGUGCGGCCUCAGCGGCAGUUCAUGAAGAUCGUCAGCGACCUGUUCCUCGGAGGCCUUCCUGGGGACAUCCGCUCCUCUGCCAUCACGCUGCCCUCUAUCAGGGAUCUGCCUCCGUUCAGGGGAGUUAUCACCGAUCUGGUUUACGGCAACAAGGUUCCGACGCUCGUCGACAGUCAGAAGGUCCGUCUGGAGAUGAUGGGUCUGUGCACGGAGAACCCCUGCGAGAACGGAGGCAGCUGUUCGCUGGCGGAUGGAGAACCGUUCUGCGAUUGUUCCAAAACCGGAUAUGCAGGUCGAUACUGCACAGAAGCGGUAAUCCAGAGGAAACCAGGGUUGGCACAUCUGAAGGCUGAGCAAGCGAGGGAGGAGAACGUGGCCACGUUCCGAGGCUCGGAGUACUUCUGCUACGACCUCUCCCAGAACCCCAUCCAGAGCAGCAGCGACGAGAUCACGCUGUCCUUCAAGACCUGGCAGAGGAACGGUCUGCUGCUGCACACGGGGAAGUCGGCCGACUACGUCAACCUGGCGCUGAAGGACGGGGCCGUGUCGCUCGUCAUCAACCUGGGCUCCGGGGCCUUCGAGGCCAUCGUGGAGCCCGUCAACGGGAAGUUUAACGACAACGCCUGGCACGACAUCAAGGUCACGCGCAACCUGAGACAGCAAUCUGGCAUUGGACACGCUAUGGUGACCAUCUCCGUGGACGGGAUCCUGACCACCACCGGCUACACCCAGGAGGACUACACCAUGCUGGGCUCAGAUGACUUCUUCUAUGUGGGGGGCAGCCCCAGCACGGCCGACCUGCCUGGAUCCCCCGUCAGCAACAACUUCAUGGGCUGUCUGAAAGAGGUGGUCUACAAGAACAACGACAUCCGCCUGGAGCUUUCCCGCCUUGCCCGCAUUGUGGACCCCAAGAUGAAGCUGCAGGGGGGUGUGGUGUUCAAGUGCGAGAACGUGCCGACCCUUGACCCCAUCAGCUUCGAGACCCCCGACUCCUACCUCAGCCUCCCCAAGUGGAACACCAAGCGAGUUGGCUCCAUCUCCUUCGACUUCCGCACCUCCGAGCCCAACGGCCUGAUCCUGUUCACUCACGGCAAGCCCCAGGACCGCAGGGACGCGCGCGGCCAGAAGAACAACAAGGUGGACUUCUUUGCGGUGGAGCUGCUGGACGGAAACUUGUAUCUCCUGCUGGACAUGGGCUCUGGGACUAUCAAGGUCAAGGCCACCCUGAACAAGGUCAACGACGGGACCUGGCAUCAUGUGGACAUACAGAGAGAUGGGCGUUCAGGCAUCAUAUCGGUGAACAGCCGGCGGACUCCCUUCACGGCCAACGGGGAGAAUGAGAUCCUGGACCUGGAGGGGGAGCUGUACCUGGGUGGUCUCCCUGACAACCGCCUGGGCCUGGGGCUUCCCACCGAGCUGUGGUCUGCCAUGCUCAACUACGGCUACGUGGGCUGCAUCAGGGACCUGUUCAUCGACGGCCGCAGCAAGGACAUCAAGGCCAUUGCUGAGUCCCAGAGCCAGGGCGGGGCCGGCGGGGCUGCUGCGGGCAUCCGGGCGUCCUGCAGCAAGAUGACGGGGAAGCAGUGCGACAGCAGCCCCUGUAAGAACAACGGGGCCUGUAAGGAGGGCUGGAACCGCUUCAUCUGUGACUGCACUGGGACCGGAUACUGGGACAAGACCUGCGAGAGAGAGGCGUCCAUCCUGUCGUUCGACGGCAGCAUGUACAUGAAGGUGGUGAUGCCCAGCGUGAUGCACACGGAGGCCGAGGACGUGUCGCUGCGCUUCAUGUCCCAGCGUGCCUUUGGCCUGCUCAUGGCGGCCACGUCCCGCGACUCGGCCGACACGCUGCGUCUGGAGCUGGACAGCGGCCGGGUCAAGCUGACGGUCAACCUAGACUGUGUCAGGAUAAACUGUAACACCAGUAAGGGCCCUGAGGUGCUCUACGCCGGGCAGAAGACCAACGACAACGAAUGGCACUCGGUGCGCGUCAUCCGCCGCGGGAAAAACUUCAAGCUGACCGUGGACGAGGACAUGGCAGAAGGUCAGAUGGCAGGUGACCACACCCGUCUGGAGUUCCACAACGUGGAGACAGGAAUCCUGACGGAGAGGAGAUUUGUUUCCUCCGCCCCUUCCUCCUUCAUAGGACACCUACAGGGUCUGAAGUUCAACGGCAUGCUCUAUAUCGACAUGUGCAAGAACGGAGACAUUGACUUCUGCGAGCUCAACGCCCGCUUUGGCAUGCGCUCCAUCAUCGCCGACCCGGUGACCUUCAAGACGAAGGGCAGCUACCUGGGCCUGCCCACGCUGCAGGCCUACUCCACCAUGCACCUGUUCUUCCAGUUCAAGACCACCUCGUCCGACGGGUUCAUCCUGUUCAACAGCGGGGACGGCAACGACUUCAUCGCCGUGGAGCUGGUGAAGGGGUUCAUCCACUACGUGUUUGACCUUGGUAACGGGCCCAGUCUUCUGAAGGGGAACAGUGACAACCAGCUGAACGAUAACCAGUGGCACAACGUGGUGAUCACACGCGACGCCACCAACACGCACACGCUGAAGGUGGACUCCAAGUCCGUGACCCAGAACGUCAACGGAGCCAAGAACCUGGACCUCAAAGGUGACCUGUUUGUGGGCGGUCUGGGCCCCAACAUGUACCAGUCCCUUCCCAAGCUGGUGGUGUCGAGGGAGGGCUUCCAGGGCUGCCUGGCCUCUGUCGACCUCAACGGUCGCCUCCCCGACCUCAUCAACGACGCGCUCUUCCGCAGCGGCCAGAUCGAGCGAGGCUGCGAAGUUGGUUUCACCAAAGCUGACCUGCAAGGACCCAGCACCACUUGUCAGGAGGACUCUUGUGCCAACAUGGGCGUCUGCAUCCAGCUGUGGGAGAACUUCACCUGUGACUGCACCAUGACCUCCUACACAGGGACCCAGUGCAACGACCCGGGUACCACUUACAUCUUUGGGAAGGGCGGGGGCCUGAUCACCUACACCUGGCCCAACAACGAGCGUCCGAGCACCAGGACUGACCGCCUGGCGGUGGGCUUCAGCACCACCAUCACCGACGGCAUCCUGGUCCGCAUUGACAGCGCCCCGCGUCUCGGAGACUACAUCAUGCUUCACAUCGACCAAGGCAAGGUGGGGGUGACGUUCAACAUCGGCACGGUGGACAUCAGUGUGAAGGAGCUCACCACCGAUAUCAACGACGGCAAGUACCACCUGGCCCGCUUCACCAGGAACGGGGGCAACGCCACACUGCAGGUGGACAACUGGCCAAUCAACGAGCACUUCCCCACAGCUCACAGCGACAUUGAGCGCUAUCAAAUGGCAAACAAGAAAAUCCCGUUCAAAUACACCCGGCCGGUAGAGGACUGGCUCCAGGAGAAAGGACGUCAGCUGACCAUCUUCAACACCCAGGCUACCAUCUCCAUCGGGGGAAACGACCGCAAGCGCCCAUAUCAGGGCCAGCUGUCCGGCCUGUACUACAACGGUCUGAAGGUGCUCAACAUGGCGGCCGAGGGGCAUGCCAACAUCAAGAUCAACGGCAGCGUGCGUCUGGUGGGUGACGUGCCCGUCAGCCGGGGGGCAGCGAGGACCACCACCUCCGUCCCCCCGGAGAUGUCCACCACCUUCAUCGAGACCACCACCACCUUAUCCACCACCACCACCCGCAAGCAACGCUCCCCACCCACCAUCCAGACGACGGACGACAUUGUGUCUUCAGCAGAGUGCUCCAGUGACGACGAGGACCUGGAGGAGUGUGACUCUGGACAUGCAGGAGGGGAGUUAGUGAUCCCCAUACUGGUAGAGGACCCCCUAGACACCCCUCCCGUCUCCCAACCCUCCCCCUUCAUCCCCCUCCCUCCUACCCUCCGCCCCGUCCUCACCAUUAUCGAGAUCACCCAAGAGUCCCUGCCACUGGCCACUGAGGCGGGGCUACCUUGCUUGUCGGACCGAGGCAGCGAUGAUUGUGAUGGUGGUGGUGGUGAUGAUGAUGAUGAUGAUGGCAUGGUGAUUUCGGGGUUUGGCUCUGGUGAAGCUUUCGACUCUAGCCUGCCCCCGACUGACGAUGAGGAUUUUUUCACCACCUUCUCCCUGGUAACAGAUAAGAUCUUGACCACGUCGGCCUAUGAAGGAGGCUACAAAGCUCUCGCACCCAAGUGGGAGGCCAAGGACUUGAGGCCUAGCAAAGCCUCAGAGGCGGGUAGGACUACCCCCGCCCUGCCUCUGCCUGAUCCCAGGGGCACCGUGGUGGCGCCAGUCCCCUCAGACACGCCGCCCAAGUUGCCCGCCGGUAAAAUGAACAACCGCGAGGUGAAGCCCCUCCAGCCGGACAUAGUCCUGCUACCCCUCCCCACGUCCCCCGACCUGGAGGGCACCAGGCCGCGGGGGCCCCUCGUCACCUCGCCCAUGCUCCGCACCGUGCCUGCCGCCCUACCCACCGUGCCUGGCGUACGGCGGGUGCCCCCGGGCGCCUCCGAGGUGAUCCGGGAGUCGAGCAGCACCACGGGCAUGGUGGUGGGCAUCGUGGCAGCGGCCGCGCUCUGCAUCCUCAUCCUCCUCUACGCCAUGUACAAGUACAGGAACAGGGACGAGGGCUCCUACCAGGUGGACGAGACGAGGAAUUACAUCAGCAACUCAGCGCAGACCAACGGCGCAGUGGUGAAGGACAAGGCGCUGACCGCGGCCAAGGGCACCAGUGCCAAGCGACCAAAAGACAAGGACAAGGAGUAUUACGUGUAGGGAGAAUAUAAAGGUCCAUCAUUCCCAACAACGUUUUAAAAAAAUUAUGUAACGAAACUGGUUGGAAUUUAAAAACAAACUGUUGACAGUACCAUAUUGGGAGCUGCGAUUUCAAACCGGGGGAGGGACUCCUCUGUGAACUCAAUGAGUCGUCGAACAUUUUCAAACGUAACUGUGACUUGUUGAAACUUACUUGCUGAGGUGACUGUGACAAAGUAGCUGAUAGGGACGAUGCAGAGAUGUCCCGCCUGACCCAGUGACGUAGUCCAAACGACAGUGUAAGAUAUUUCAAUGGUCACACGGCUGCCCCAGAGACUGUUGGGAGGUGUGUGAUUGUUGGCGUAAACAACCGUGUCCGUUGUAAACCCUGUAAAAUACGACCACCAUCAUUUUGGCCAUUUCUGCGCUUGCAUGUGAGUUGUAUGUGACGUGCAGGCAUUUGUGUAAGUGAGGGACCUGAAGAAUUAUGAUUGUCAGAAAAAUGGAAAGACUAAAACUUAAGUGUCCAAAGGAAGGCUUUUCAGUACGUGUUGCCAGUGACGGUGUGAGGUAAGCUGUUCGUUGACAUGAUGUCUUUCUUCGAUCGAGGCAGAGAGAGGGAUGAGACUUUGUCGCUGCUGUCCACACAGUGCUCAACAAAUGCUCAGAGAGGCAAAAUAGCAAUGUAUCUCAAUUUGUCUUUAUUUUUCCUCCCGAUCUCACAUACAGAUUUGAUUGCUAUGCAUGACGUCCAAAUUCUAGGUGGUGCUCAACCAUGCUGGAGAGGAUUCGCAAAAUGCAACAUUGUUUUAUAUUGAACUUUAGAUUCCCGUUAUAAAAUUUGCUUUCUCAGUUUUCCCCAAAGACCUCCAGUUUUAGCCAUUUAUUACGUCCUGUUGGUCCCAUUUUCCCAUCUCUGGAUCUCACUGACAGAUACUACAUCAUCAUUUCUGGAGGUCUGCUACAGUAUUGAGACCAGGAGGCAGAGUAUUCACCCCGGAAUGAGGAUAUUGUGAAUUGUAUCUGUUGUCACAGUCAACUGUGUCGAAAACAACAAAUAUGUUUACAUAUUUUAUUACAUCAUUAGCCGUUGUAAUUUGCCGCUCAAUAUUGUACAUAACAUUUGAGUUUCCGUUGUUAUUUUUUAUUUAUUGUACAGACACUCAUUUAGUGGUGUAGUACACGGCAGAAAUCAAACCUUUGUUGUUGGGAGAAGCUGGGUUAGAGCGUUGUACGUAUUUGCAUAUUUUAUAAAAGACAGGAGGAACAUGUUUUAGGUUAGAAAAUCUAGUCUUUCUGGAUGGUGUUUCUUCGCAUGGAUAUGUGACUACCGGGAGUUGUCAAUGAACUAGAAAACACCCCUCCCAAAUAAUGUAUUAGGGACUCCUUGAUUCUUGAUUACUUUAUUGUAAUUCUUUUUCAUUUGAGAUCAAUUGACAAGGAAAAUAAAGAUGCUGAAGGAUUUGGAGACCCAUAGCUGGCACCUUACUGACAUACAGGUGUGGUUUAGUUUUUUUAAUUGUGAAGUCUAUGUUUCUCUCUCUGUUUUUGAAUGUUAUUUUACAUUUGUGUUUCUCUGUUGCGUGUGCAGGUUCAUUUACAAUUUUCUCAUUUUCUGACAGUUUGUGGCUGGAAGUUUUUUUAUUAUUUAUUACACAAAUUAUUUAUCUGUUACUUUUUCAUUUUGCGUUCAUAGCAAACCUCAAGUCCAGUGUGUACAUUAAUUUAUUUUUCGUGUUGUAAACGCUUUUUAAAUAAUUUAAUUACUGUUUUUGCUCCUUUGACUCCAGACAAUUCCCAGCAAUAAAAUGUUCUCCCCAAAG